CUGAAGCAGAGUUAUCCGCAUCUAAAUGUGGCUGCUCAGGACCGACCGCGCCGAGCUCGUGUACUUCCCGAGGAACUUCGAUGCCGACGGAGGUUACGCCAUCCUCUCCCACACCUGGGACGAGAAGGGAGAGCAGACCUUCCAGGACGUCCGCAAUAUAGGCGAGCAAUGCAAACGCGCCGGCAGAAACCCCCGAGACGACCCUCGGCUCUCGCCCAAGAUCAGAGAGUGCUGCCGUCUUGCUGAGAAGCACGGCUUCCGAUGGGCCUGGGCCGACUCUUGCUGCAUUGACAAGACGAGCAGCAGCGAGCUCUCCGAAUCGAUCAACUCGAUGUUUCGCUGGUACUCCGAUGCCGAGGAAUGCUACGCGUACCUUGCCGACGUCCCGGGCGGCUCCAACCUCCACGCACCCAAUUCCGCAUUCCGGAAGAGCCGAUGGCAUACGCGGGGGUGGACGCUGCAGGAACUGAUCGCCCCCGCCUCCGUCCGAUUUUAUUCGUGCGAUUGGGAGGAGUUAGGGAACAGGGCAGAUCUUGCGGAGCUUCUAGCGGACAUCACCGGCAUCGCUCUGAAGAUCUUCACCAGGGAGACAAGGCCUUCCGAAUACUCUGUCUGCAUGCGUAUGAGUUGGGCUUCUCAGCGGCAGACAACGCGUUUGGAGGAUGAGGCGUAUUGUCUGAUGGGUCUCUUUGACAUUAGCAUGCCGACGAACUAUGGCGAGGGAGAGAAGGCGUUCAUGCGACUUCAGCACGAAAUCAUGCAACGAGAUCCCGACCUAAGCCUGUUUGCCUGGGGAUACCGACUCCCGUGUGGGGACCUCAGCGAGCAUGGAAUAGCUCUGUCUCCUGGCGAAGAUCCUGGCGCCACUUUGGGAUGCCUUCUAGCAUCCUCACCACGCGGUUUUGAUCUUGCGGUCUGCUAUACUCCCCACUUGGGCACGAACGCAUCACAACCAUAUCCACCCCAUCCGGAGGAACAAGGUGCCAUUGGUGCGGGCCCAGCAACUGUACUUUUUGGCCAUAUCGAGCUCCCGCGCAUCUCGAUCACUACCUACGGCAUCAAACUCCGACUUCCCGUGUUCGAGGCCGACGGCGUAACUGUAGCAGUGCUUCUGUGCGAAGAUUAUGACGACAAUCACCUAGGUCUGUUCAUCUCUCCUGGACCCCCUAGAUCAGACCCCACCAGGCCCCGCUACUAUGCUGGAUGCCAAUACAGGAUAGGCCAGGCAUCGGGAGCAUACAUCGCUCGCCUGGUUUCCCUUGGCGACGACCUGAACAACCUGCAGUUCAACGGCAAGCCAGUCGAGGCGACGUGGCGCACCAUCUACGUCGUGCCCAGCCCUCCUGACGGGGAGUCGUCGAGCGCAACGACCGCUCAACUCACGAUCAACUGUGUCCCGUGUGGGCCGUUUCGGCUACCCCAUUGGCUGGUGUCUCGAUUCUUGGCGCUGGGAUUCACGGUGACACAAACGGAGUGGGACGAACGGGCUGGCCCAGUCACCCGCUUUAUCAUUCAUAACCCAGCAAAAGCCGAGAAUAUAUACCUUGACCUUGGCAUAUGCCGCCUCAGCUCCACUGCCCAUUGGUCCAAGGUUACAAUGUUCUCUCGCGACGACUUCAAAGAAUCCAAGGACGUCACUCGCGCCCAUUCUUGCAAGAAACACCACAUCGACUCAUGGAAUGCCCGAUCGAAGGUCUUUCCCGACUCGGCGUCGGAUGCAGACCGAUCGGUGCGGCUCUCUUUCACACCAUGCAAGGCAUCGCCGAGAACCUCGAAGCUCGUCGUUCAUAUGGAGCUGAUGGGCCGUGUUUACGAGGACGUGCUUCGAGAGGCCAAUAUGACGAACGCUUUCCUGUCUGUCGAUGCCCUCGAGAAGAGCACGCAGCUCGGAUCACCUAUUCAUGCCCCGUUUUCCGCCCUCUUGUCUGACCUCAUCGGUCUUAUCCGUCGAUUCCAUCCUCGGUUGGGUCGCUGCCUGCACAUGCUUGCAAUACUGCUUCCUCUGAUCCUAUAUUUGCACCGGCCCCGCCGCUUGCGGCCCCUCCAAUUGUGGCGGAUCCUCCAGUCGUUUCGUACCGGAUACUUGCGUUGUUGAU